AGGAGGCGGUGCAAAUUCCUGACAGGAGUGAACUUUGGUCGUAAAGAAGCUCUCAGUGUGAGGGAGUGAGUGAGGAGAGCCGUUUACUAACUCGGCACCAUGACGUCAGAGGCCUCCGGAGUGUUAAAGUUGUGUCUGCAUCACACAACUCUGCUCCGAAGAUACUCACGUCCCAGCUCGUCACUCCAGGCAACCAGAUUCUUCAGUUCACACAGGGAAGGUAAGCGCAGAGGGCUGCUGUGGAAGACGCUUGUUGGGAUCUUGGUGGGCGUACCUGGGGCAGUGGGUGUCCAGUACGCUCUGUCAGAACCAAGAGAGAGGAGGAAAAUGAGGAUUGUGGUCGAAGGACUCGGUCGCUUCUGCAGGUCUCUCUCUGUGGGGAUGAGCAUCUCUGUGGAUUACUGGUGGACCACCCAUGUGUCUCUCCGUGACCAGGACGAGAGCAGCCCAUCCUACUUGGCUGAGAUGUCAGCCUGCCACCAGAGGGCAGCAGACAAAAUGGUGGAAGGUGCCAUCAGAAACGGGGGAAUAUACAUCAAACUUGGCCAAGGUCUUUGUUCCUUCAACCACCUCCUGCCCCCCGAGUACAUCCACACCCUUCAAGUCCUGGAAGACAAGGCCUUGAACAGGAGAUACAAAGAGGUCGACGCUCUCUUCCAAGAAGACUUCGACAAAACCCCAGAGCAGCUUUUUAAAGUGUUCGACCAUGAACCGAUAGCUGCAGCCAGCUUGGCACAGGUCCAUAAAGCAGAACUGUUUGAUGGGACUCCUGUUGCUGUGAAGGUCCAAUACAUCGACCUCCGGGAUCGAUUCGACGGUGACAUUAGAGCGCUGGAGAUCCUGCUAGAUAUUGUCAAAUUCAUGCACCCCACCUUUGGAUUCCGCUGGGUUCUUAAGGACUUGAAGGGCACGUUGGCUCAGGAGUUGAAUUUUGAGAACGAGGCCAGGAAUUCAGAGAGGUGUGCGCAGGACCUCAAACACUUCAAAUUUCUUGUUGUACCCAAAGUCUUCUGGAAGCAAACUAGUAAGAGGGUGCUGACGGCAGAAUUCUUCGAAGGCUGCAAAAUCAACAACGUGGAAGACAUUAAAAGACAAGGGUUGAAGUUGAAAGAUAUUGCAGAUAAACUCAUUAAAACAUUCGCUGAGCAAAUAUUCUACACUGGCUUCAUCCACGCGGAUCCUCAUCCUGGUAAUGUGCUGGUGAGACGAGGACCUGAUAAUAAGGCUCAGUUGGUGCUAUUGGACCACGGGUUGUAUGAAUACCUCAGUCAACACGACAGAGAGGCCCUUUGUAAACUGUGGAGAUCAAUUGUCCUGCGAGACGAAGCGGCGAUGAAGAGGUACGCUAAUGCACUCGGAGUCAAAGAGUACUUCCUCUUCUGCGAGAUGCUGCUGCAGCGUCCCAUCAACAUGCGGGAGUUUGGCCUGUCCAACAUCCUGAGCCGCGAGGAGACCACGUACAUGCGCGACAUGGCCAUACACCGCUUUGGAAGCAUCAUGGAGGUGCUCAAGUCCAUGCCCCGGCCCAUGCUGCUCGUCUUCCGCAACAUCAAUACAGUCCGAAGCAUCAACAUCACUCUGGGGGCACCUGUGGACCGCUACUUCGUCAUGGCCAAGAGUGCGGUUCGAGGCUGGGGGAAGAUCCAGGCAGCAAAGCCAGGGGUCCUGACCAGGCUGUGGGUGUUAGGCUGGAUGAGGACAACGUGGGAGAGCCUCCGGUUCGAGGUAGCGCUGAGAUCGGAGAUGGCACUGAUGAGCGUGACUCGUUCGUUCCUGAGCCUGCUGUCGUACUUGGGUCUUGUAUCUCUGGAGGCUGAGAUGUACAACUAUCUGAAGUAGUAGUCGUGCACAGCUCGGCCACUCUGAAGGAACAGAGAUUAAAGACAGUAUCCAAGCACGAGUAAGUGGAAUCCAGGCGUGAGGAACAUUACCUCACAGUGACGGUGCUACUGCGGUGUUUUCCACACCAAAUUACAUUCAACAGGUGGGAAUGUGAAGAACUGCAGGACCGAAUCAAAACCACUUUUAAAUCAAAGAAAUCAAACUUUUAUCUGGUAUAUGCAUCUAUGUGAUCUUAAUUUUGUUCAAAAUAAUUCAACUUCUUCUUUUUGUAAAUGUACACUUACCCCAGAUGAUUUUUUUACAAAAGCAGUUCUGAUGCUGAAUGACGACAUGAAACUUAACCAAUAAAUAAUCAAUAAUUUUACAUACUGAACGUUUUUUAAGAGUUUAAAAUAAUUGUAUCUUUUUCCCUGAAUCAUGUUUUUUUAAGUGCUGGUUAAACGAUGCAGGAUGAUCUGACCUGUGAGAAAUAUAAAGCACUCACGGGUCAGAACAUCAACAUGUGACCUCCAAAGAAAGUGUGUUAAUAAACUAAUCUACCUCCUC